AUGGGUUACGGUCCAAACAUUCCCGUGCAAAUAUCGCUUCCGGAAAUAGAAUUAGGUUUAGUGGUGCCUGAACCGCGUCAACCUAUAAGUUUCCGGGAGUUGGUUAUACGUUUUCGCGAGCUGGAAAGAAGAUUAAUGCAAGGAUCAAAUGCAAAUCUUGCAAAGGAAAUGCAGGCUGAAGCUCAAGACAAAUAUAUUGAUUAUUUUAGAUUGUCACCUCAACUAUUUGAUAAAUUACUUAAAUUAAUUGCAUCUAUUAUUAUCAAAGAACAAAUAAUUUGUGAUCCCAUUUUGGCUGAAACUCGACUACACAUCACCUUGCGAUUUUUAGCAUCAGGAGAUAGCAUAAAAUCAAUGUCGUAUGCCUUCAGAGUUGGACACAACACUAUCUCAAAAAUUGUAUCAAAAACUUGUCAGGCAAUUUGGAAUUGUCUAAAAGAUACAAUUUUUUUUGUAGACAAUAGAAAGAGCUGGCAAUUCGUUGCCCAUGAAUUUGAGCAAUUAUGGAAUUUUCCAAAUUGCAUAAGGGCUGUCGACGGAAAACAUGUUAUGAUACAAGCUCCGCCAAAGAGUGCUUUCAUUUAUUAUAAUUAUAAGCGCGUAGUACAGUAUUAA